UUCAUACUAAGUGGACGUGUGAGCUUUAGUUAAUGUUUUGGGGUUUAACGGCCGCCAGGAGGAAAUCAUAGUGGAAAAGUCUGGAAACCUCCUCAAUUGAAUUAACGGAUUGACAGGCUGACUGUGCCGCUUUUAGCAAGGUUAGCACGAUAUCCUGAUCCGGAGAGGAUGGCGCCUGUCUUGGUGCUGUGGCUGGCUGUGUGCGUCAGUGGGUCAUGGGCUGUGGACAGGGGCAACUUCAAGACCUGUGACCAGAGUGCCUUCUGCAAGCGUCAGCGAGCGUUGAAGCCUGGCGAGUCUCCCUAUCGAGCCCUGCUGGAGACCAUGGAGCUGACCAACACCAGACUCACGCUGCAGCUUAUCAAUGACAACAAUAAGGUGCGUCUGCUGCUCGAACUCUACCGUCUCCAGGGAAACAUAACGAGGGUGAAGAUUAACGAGCUGAAGCCUCUGAAGCCUCGCUAUGAGGUCCCAGACGUGCUCAUCAGGGAGCCGCCAACUGAGCCCCUGUCUCUCUUGUCUCAGGACGAGAACGGGGUGGUGCUGUCCCUGGGGGCGGAGUCUCAGAGGGUCAUCGUCAGCGUCCGGCCCUUCCGAUUGGACAUCAUGGAAGGGCGCGACGUGCUGAUGUCGCUGAACUCGCGCGGCCUGCUGGCAUUUGAGCACCUGAGGAUGCGCAAGGACACUUUCUCCUAUAAAGUAACUAGCACAGUGGCUAGCGUGUGGGAUAAUAUCAAGAGGGUAUUCUCUAGUCAGGCAGACCCGGAGGCUGAGAAGAAAGAGGAGGCUGACCCAGCAAACCAGGCCGAGACAACUAAAGAAGAGGAAGAGAAAGAUGAAGACGGGAUGUGGGAGGAAACUUUUAAAUCGCAUUCAGACAGCAAACCUAAUGGUCCUUCUGCUAUUAGUUUAGACUUUUCGUUGCCGGGUGUGGAGCACGUCUAUGGCAUCCCAGAACACGCAGACACCCUCAGACUCAAAACAACAGAUAAUGGAGAUCCAUAUCGGCUCUAUAACUUGGAUGUGUUCCAGUACGAGCUGUAUAACCCUAUGGCCCUUUACGGAGCUGUCCCAGUCAUGUUAGCCCACAACGCCCAGCGGACCACAGGUAUCUUCUGGCUCAAUGCCGCUGAGACGUGGGUGGAUAUCAGCUCCAACACAGCCGGGAAGACCGUGUUUGGAAAAAUGCUGGAUUAUGUUCAAGGCUCCAGUGAAACUCCACAGACAGACGUGCGCUGGAUCUCUGAAAGCGGCAUCAUUGAUGUUUUCAUUAUGCUUGGACCAACACCCAAGGACGUCUUCUCUCAGUACGCCUCCCUCACAGGGACCCAGUCCUUCCCUCCCCUGGCUGCUGUGGGAUAUCACCAGUGCCGCUGGAACUACAAUGAUCAGGAAGACGUGCAGUCAGUGGAUGCAGGCUUUGAUGAGCACGACAUCCCCUAUGACUAUAUCUGGCUCGACAUUGAGCACACCGAUGGCAAACGCUACUUCACCUGGGAUCCACACAAGUUUGCAACACCAAAGGAAAUGCUGCAGGGUCUCGUGGACAAGAAGCGCAAGAUGGUGGCCAUUGUAGACCCUCAUAUCAAAGUAGACAGCAACUACAAGAUCCAUAAUGAAAUCCGCAGUCGGGGUUUCUAUAUCAAGAAUAAAGAUGGAGGAGACUAUGAGGGCUGGUGCUGGCCUGGUAGUGCCGGCUAUCCAGACUUCACCCGAAAAGACAUGAGGGACUGGUGGGCCAGCAUGUUCGCCUACGAUCAGUAUGAGGGGUCUAUGGAGAACCUUUAUACAUGGAACGACAUGAAUGAGCCGUCAGUCUUUAACGGGCCAGAGGUGACCAUGCACAAGGAUGCAACGCACGGAGCCUGGGAGCACCGUGACGUGCACAACAUUUAUGGUUUCUAUGUGCAAAUGGCCACAGCAGAGGGUCAGAUCCAGAGGUCAGGGGGCGUUGAGCGACCAUUUGUUCUGACCAGAGCCUUCUUUGCCGGGUCACAGCGCUACGGCGCUGUGUGGACUGGAGAUAACGCUGCUGAGUGGGACCACCUGAAGAUCUCUAUCCCCAUGUGUCUGAGUCUGGGCCUGGUUGGAAUCUCUUUCUGUGGCGCUGACGUUGGUGGUUUCUUCAAGUCUCCGAGCACCGAGCUCCUGGUGCGUUGGUACCAGACGGGGGCGUAUCAACCGUUCUUCAGGGCUCAUGCCCACCUGGACACUCCCCGCCGUGAGCCCUGGCUGUUCGGUCCGGAAAACACUGCGCUGAUUCGGGAAGCAGUGCGUCAGCGCUACACCCUCCUGCCUUACUGGUACCACCAGUUCUACCACGCACACCGCACUGGAGAGCCCAUCAUGAGACCGCUGUGGGUGGAGUAUCCUCAGGAUCCUGCUACGUUUGCUGUGGAUGACGAGUUCUUGAUCGGAAGAGACUUGCUGGUGCACCCAGUUACUGAGGAGGGAGCUCGGGGAGUCACCGCCUACCUGCCUGGCAAAGACGAGGUUUGGUUUGACGUCUUCACCUUCCAGAAGCACAACGGAGCCCAGAACCUUUACAUCCCCGUCACCAUAAGCUCUAUUCCUGUGUUCCAGCGUGGCGGCUCCAUUAUUCCCAGGAAGAAUCGAGUUCGCAGGUCCUCCACCUGCAUGAUGCACGAUCCCUACACCUUAUAUGUGGCUCUUAACCCCCAGAGAACUGCAGAGGGUGAGCUCUACAUAGACGAUGGCCACACCUUCAACUAUGAAAAGAAGGAAUUCAUUCACAGGAGGCUCGCCUUCGCCAACAAUGUCCUUUCUUCUGUUGAUCUGGCUCCAGAUGGCCAGUUUACCACCCGCUCCUGGAUUGAACGCAUUGUCAUACUGGGGGCCAGUAAGCCCAGUAAGGUUACCCUUAAGACUGCUGAUGGUCAGGAGAGCCAGCUAGAGUUUGACUUUGAUGCCUCCAUGUCGGUGUUGACGCUCCGCAAGCCCGGCAUGAACGCAGGGGUGGACUGGAACGUGAUGCUUCAGUAACCAUGGAGACCGAGGAGGAGGAGCAGGCCGAGAAAUUGACUGAAUUAGACUAAACAUGAGGAGAGAGACAGAGAGAGAGAGGAGGGAACAGACACAAGGCGCUGAUGCCCAUGACUUACUACAGCAAGACGACAGGAUAGCCAUCAUGGAAAAUAAAGGACAUUCACACAGAACACAUUAAACACAAACAGUUUUCAUCCCUUCACCCACACGCACACACACACACAGACAGACACACACAUUAACUCAUGUAGAUCUGUCAGUUGAACUGAGCCAUGUAAUGUCUCUGCCACGUCCCUCUUGUGUUCAAUCAUGCUGUAAACCUAACAAAAAGAGGCUACUACUAGAUAGAUAAUUCUGUUUGUCACAUUUUUUCAAAUAGAUAACAAUUGAGAAAAAUCAUCUUUGAAAUGAAUCUUUGGGGUAAAGAAAGGAAAACAUUCAGGCACUCUUUUUUUUUUUUUGUCCACUUGGUUUAUCCAUCCAGUCUGCCUCAGUAGAAAGAUCACUGCUCUGGAGGAUCAUUUGCCAUUUUAAAAUGAAGGUUCGCACUUAAAGCACAUGCUCCACCUGCUGGUGAUUCCCUCUUAUGUGUGUCUGACUUGAUGCUCCUCCAAAAAUCAUUCCAGCGCUCUCUGAAGCCGAGAAUUGAAUCAGUGCAGAGCUCGGCUUUCUUUACUCGUGCCACAUUUCAUAUAUUUUGGGCAGGCCAACAGUCAGCUGUGUGGCUCUACACUUAAUGGGAUAGUUCUGAUAUUUUGAAGGUGGGUUGACUGAGGUUCUUAUCUGUAGUCAGCUAAGCAAUGUACUGCUGUGAACAGUGGUAGCAAAACAUAUUUUAGCUAGGGUUGGGCUUUUUAAGGGAAUCUCAUUUAAGUACUCACAUUAUAUUAUUAUACUCACAAAAAUAAUGGAAUGUAAAUUGGCCGGCCAGUGAAAAAACAUGCAAUUUGAAUUUCAUUUAUUCAACAGUCAGGCUUCAGUUAGCCUAAUGAACCGUAAAUUAAAAGUAAACAUAAGAAAAACCACCAAAAUUUUUGUCGCUGCUGUUUGCAAUUCAGGUUAAAGUCAGUUCACCGUCUUUGCGGCACGAGCUAACUCAGCAGCAGCUGCAAACACCCGACACCAAAGCCGUUUAAUGGUCCCAAAAACUCUCACAGACGCCAAAACAGCGACUCAUCCCUAAUUUUAUCCCCCUAAAAAUUCAGUAACAGUUUAAAUUAUAUUUAGAACAUUUUCAUUGUUUGCCAUCAGAUGGCCUUUCCAACGGGGAACUGAAGCCGUUGCAUUUGCGCUCUUACAAAGUCACCAGAGUCCACUGAGAAAAGCAGUAAUUUUACCUCACUGAACACAGGAGCUGCUGCUCUGCUGCUGCUUCCAUCAGUUUGUUAGCUUGUGUAAUUUUGUGACUUUGGUGAUUCUGAACUAACCUUUUAAAUCACCAAAAUCACACAAUAGUACAAACAAAUUAACUGAUCGAGGCAGAGCAGUAACUCCUGUGUCCAGUGAGGUAAACUGAGUUGGUAUCAAUGGAGGGUUUAGAGGUGAAAAUGUAGCGUACACUUAAACUGAUAAUGAUUUUUUUUUUUCUAGGUGGCUAAAAUAUGUUUCACUGCUAAGCCACUCCACAGCAGUACAUUGCUUAGCGUUGAGGUGAUACUCUGGCCUGCUUUUUCUUUCUUUUUUUUUCAUUAAUAUUUUAUUGAACUUUUCUUACUUAAGCACAUUACAUAAAAAAUACAUAAAAAUAUACAUAAGUGAUUAAAAAAACAAACACAAAAAAGAUCCAUAUUCCUUAAAUCUGGGGGUGUGCCAACCUACAUGGAUCAGUACCUCAUACAACCCCACCUCAAAAAAUCUAGGCAAAAAAUGGUAAAAAUAAAAAAAAACCCACUCAUCUCUCUUCCCAAUCGUGUCCAGUUCAUUCUUGUUUUCUCUGAGCUUAUCAAUGGAGAAUUUGUGUGUGUGGAAAUGAUUCCUUAUCAUCGCUUCACCGUGGAAGCGAUCAGGUCGUUCAGCUGCUGCACAGAGAGGUUUUCGGCUUUUUCUUUUGAACAAACUCUGCAGUGGGAAUCACUUCAGGGGACUGAACCACUGGUGUUUGCGGAUCAUCCUGUUGACGUAGUUUCUUUGUUUUAUCAGCUUCUUUUCCCAGCGUUGUUUACUAGAUUAUUUUUAAUGCACUUGAGGAAGAGUGAGAACUUAAAAGUUGUUUAGAUUUUCAUGUGUUACUAGAUGUCGGGACCGUCCAGGAUCUCCAGUGUGUCAUUUGGAUCUUAAUGAACGGGUCAUUUUUAAUGCUUGAAAGGUCUUUCACGAGCAAAUGUUCAUUUAAAUCCUUGUGAUUUAAACAAAAAUCAACCCUAAAUGUACACUGGGAAGUCAUACAUGUUCAAGUGACUCUCUGGAGACUCUCUGGUUCGUGUCCCGUCUUGUCAAAUCAUUGGACCUUUUUUAGGGGUUUUGUUGUUCUAUGAGUUUGUCUCCUUGAUUGUUUUUAUGAUCAUUAAUUUACAUGUUGCUGCAAUUUUGUUGGUGAUGGCUUGAAUUGAUGGAAAUGGAAGUGAAGGAAUUGACUGUCAAUCAAAGUUGUCAGAUGUACUCAAAAAGAUAAGACCAAGUGAAAAUAAAGUUGACCAAAUGUUAAA